AUGGAAGACACCAAGUUCCGCAUUGUCCCAGCGCAAACAGCGGAGGACAUCGCUACAGCAAAAAGCCUGUUCACAGCCUAUGUCGAAUGGCUCAAUAUCGACCUUAGCUUCCAAAGCUUUCAGUCGGAAUUGGGCUCUUUGCCCGGCAAGUACGGCGCCCCUCAUGGAGAACUUCUGCUCGCCUAUAGCACAGACAAUAAACCACUAGGAUGUGUCGCUCUCCGUCCUCUUGACCAGCCGAGUCAAACUUGCGAAAUGAAGCGAUUAUACGUUCCCCCCCAGGCACGCGGUAUGGGCGUCGGAAAGGCCCUGGUGGCAGCGAUCGUACAACGCGCAAAGGACAUAAAAUACAAAGAGAUGAGGCUGGAUACACUCCCUUCGAGAAUGCAAGGCGCAAUCGGUGUGUAUUCCCGGGCGGGCUUUGUCGAAACACCACCCUACUACGAAACUCCCAUGGACGAAACCAUUUUCCUCGCGCUCGAUCUUACUCGAUGA